UAGUUACUGUUAGUAGAAUAUUUUAAGUAUAAUAUGCUUUUCGUACAUGAUAACGUGAUAUUUAAGUAAUGGCUACGCCGACUGUUCAAGUGGAUGAUGAGUAUAGGAAAGUCAAACGUGCUGAACUGGAAGAGUUUUUUAAAGAUCUGGAUAUAAAGAAAAAAGAAUUGGAUAAGAUAAUAGAAAAUGAGUUUGAGGUAUUGAAUGAAACGGUACAGAACCAGGAUAGACCAUACAUCGCCGCAUCAGCUCCAGGCACCGUUAGAACUGAGUAUGAAGUGAUGGCAGGUCAACCAUUCACGGAAAUUGGAGACCACUAUAAACCAUUAUCCGACGAGGAAAUUAAAAAUGUGACUGAAAAUAAUCCAAUUUUAGCUGAAAAAGCAAAGCAAAUCCAAAUUGUGAUUAACUCGGAUCGUAAUAAUAGAGACAUGAUGAUACCAUUAAAUCAAAUAAAUAUUUCUAAUUAUGAUGAAAUAAAAGCUGAAUUGAAAUCAGCUGCAGGUGAUCCAGACCAAAUAAAUAGGAUAAAAUUCAAACACAUGAAGGCUUUAUUUAAUUCAGCAGAAAAUUACAAAAACGAUAUGACUAAUCAGAAGCAGAUUGAUAAAGAAAAAGACGAAGAAAAUAUGAUAGAUGAUUCUUCAAGUGAUGACAAAGAGUUUGAAGCUAUUGAUAAAUGUGUAACAGAAUGUACAAAUAAAUCCUAUGAAACAAGGUUUCAGGAGACUAAACAGAUGCUGCUGAGAGUAGCUGAUAAAUAUGACGAUCCCAAUAUAUCAGAAAGCGAGAAGAGUAAGCCUAACGAAGUAGAAAGUUACCCGAUUCUUAAGAAAUCUUCAUCAUGUUUAAUUAAAGCGCCAAAGCAAUGCUCUAUUUUGCAAAAAGUUAAAGAAACAUAUGCGAUUAAUAAAGCUAUGAAUAUACCUCUACAAGACAACCCGGUAAAACUAAACCUUAGUCGAAAACCAGAGGAAAAUGUCAAGAAACAAUUUGACAUAAAACAUUCGGCAAUGCUAGAAAAACUUACAGAUACUAAAGAAGCCCUCUUAAAAAUUGAUAAUAUUUUGAGCGAUUCAAUUCCUGACGAAGAUAAAGAUGAUAAUAUCAAAGAUUCUGUUAAUAUCAUCGAAAUUGAGAAAGCAAACCAGGUUGUUGAAAAUAAUGAGGUUCCAAGUAAAGAUUCCCAAGAAAAAUUCGAUGAGAAAAUGGAAGUAACACUACAAAAUGCACUGGAAAAUAUUUUUGAAAUAGGCAAGAACGAAAAUAAGGAAAAUAAUGAAUUAGAAUUCAAAGAAAUGAAAAGUUUGGCUCGAAACAUUGUUGAAGGUGCUGAAAAUCUCAGCACACUUAUAAGAGAAGAUAUAACUAACAAACUUAACACCAUGAAUGAACUGUUAAAUGAUGUCAAUGAAGCAUUGGAAAAUUCUAGGAAAUCUAAUAUCGCAUACCAGAAGCUUAAAGAAGAAGGAGAGGUCCGCAAACGGGUUAAAGAAAUAGAAGGAAGUAGAGAGGGACAUAACUCUGAUUUGAGUUCUGUAUCCGUUGUGGAUAUUGAUAAUAUAAAUCAGGCAAUUUCAAAAAUUAACACUGAAAUAGAAUGCCAAGAAUCCAGAGUUAGCACCAGUCGAACAAACUAUGAAGCGAGGAGUAAAGAGUGUCAAGAUUUCAUUAAAGAAGUAGAUGUGAUUUUAGAAAAAUCUCACAAAAUUCUACACCCCUGCGAUUCCAAACUUCAUGAAGACAAUAAUAUUACAGGCGAUUCUGUAAAGAGUAAUGUUGGUGACCGUAAGGAGUUGUGGGACGUAGAUUUAAAGAUAAAUAAAACCAAAAUAGACAACAUACAGAAGCAAAAUAUGGAAAGGAACAAGAGAAUUGAUAACCUAUUGUACGAUAUUAAGGAUAAAAUGAAGGAUAAUAAAGAAGUAUUAAGACUAGCAAAUAAUUUACUGAGGCGAGAAGAGGGCAAGAAGAAGUUACAAGAGAAAAAAGCAUCUGAGACACCGCAUAUUGAACAUGAUGAUAGAGCUAUGGGAGAUCAUGUUGGAGUUGAAGAAAAUAAGGAUGACAACACGAAAAUUUCUUCGUCUGACAAUCAGAUUACAGUUCAAAAAGAAGAAGAUAUAAAGAUGGAACAGACUGAAAAAGAGAAACAAAGAGAAUUCCAAUUAAAGCUUGAAAAGGAAAUAGAAGAUAAAGGUCCCAGGAUGACAAAACAGUUUAUAAAAAAUCAUUGCAAACAACACAAAUUGUAUUCUACACCGUACCUUAAUGACAUUUUAUAUUUACAUUUUAAGGGUUUUUCGAAAAUUGAAAAUUUGGAAGAAUAUACUGGUUUGAAAUGCAUUUUCUUGGAAAAUAAUGGUAUCCAACGUAUUGAGGGUUUGGAUACAUUAUCGGAAUUGAAAUGUCUUUACCUUCACUAUAAUGUGGUUAGGAAAAUCGAGAAUCUCCAAGGAUGUCCUAAACUUGAUACGCUUAAUUUGGAUCACAACUAUGUUAAGAAGAUUGAAAAUUUAGACGUCGUUCCUGACUUGCAUACUUUAAGUCUUGGCCACAACAUGUUGGCCACUGUCGAGGACUUGGAGUCAUUGAGAUUAUGCAACAAUUUGUCGGUAUUAGAUCUAUCUUAUAAUCGUUUAGAGGAUCCUCUUAUUGUGGACGUAUUGGCUGACAUGGCGCUUUUAAAAGUGCUAGUCCUAACCGGUAACCCUGUCGUCCGUAACAUUCCCGCCUAUCGCAAAACGUUGACUCUCCGUCUCAAGGAGCUCCUUAACCUGGACAACCGGCCCGUGUUCCCUCGAGACAGAGCCUGCGCUGAGGCCUGGCAACGAGGAGGAGUCCAGGAGGAGAUAGCGGAGAGACGCCGUUGGAUAGCCAAAGAUCAAGAGAAGGUGAUGCAGAGUGUCCGCUACCUUAUAAAGAUGAGAGACGAGAACAAACAAAAGAGAGAGGCUCGGGAACGGGAAGAGAGAGAGAGUCUCGGCCUGCCACCAGUCGUGCUCGAGGUUGACACCACCGAUCCUAAGGAGGCAAAUGCCGAUGAGUCUGUUGAUGAUACUAAAGUAGACGAAACUGAAAAGAAAGACCAGUCUGGUGUCAUUUCGGACAUGCUCUCCGGGUCCGAGGCUGAAGACAGCACGAGCGAUGAAAGUGAUUCAGACAGCGAUUCCAGUGAAAACAAAACAGAGAUGGGAAAAAUAGAAUGGUCUCAAGUUGAUCGCGGCAAACAUCUCAUACAAGAAUUAAAGGAAGAACAGACACCAGAGGAACAGUGGUCGGGUUUCGGGUUAAUUUCCACCGCAGACAUGAAGACUUCAAACGAGUUACAAGCUAUCAGUAAUUUGUUAUUCAAUGAACCAUCUCACGUUGAACCUAAGAGAGUGUCACAGACAUUACAAGAAUCGAGAGAAAUAUUAAAGGAGGCAUUCAACACUGGUGAAGUAACUGAAGAAGAAAUGAAAACUGAUGCGAGACGAAAACCACUUAUUGAGAUAUUGGAAGAAUAUAACAAGAGACCAAAGAAAACGGAAGAAGAAUGCGUUCCAGAAGUUAUACAUUUAAGCGGAAUUACAGAAGAAGGUGACUUGAUAGUAGACCAUGAUAAGAAGCUGGCAUAUGAAAGACAAAAGAUCGUAUCACCGCCAACGACUGGGGUGUUUAAAAAAGAAGGAAGUAUCAGAAAAAUUAAAAAAAUGAAGAAAGUUACCAUUAAGCAAGUAAUAGAUGAGGAACCAGAAGACAAUGAAAAUAAAGAAGAGAAUGAUAAAAAAGAUGUUGAAAAUAAAGAAAAACAAAACGAGACAGAUGUUACAACUACUUCCACACAAAAUAUUAGUGAACGAAGAAGAAGCAUCAUCCACAGUGAAGGUCACGGUACAGCUUUUAUGAAUUACAUGAAACAUAUGAAUAAGGAUCCUGAUUCGAAGGAAAGUGAUGAUGAUGAUGAAGAUUUGAAGCCAAGCGCCGAAGACGAGGAAAUAUUUAAGGAACUCGAGAAAGAGCAGGCGGAGAGAGAAGCUAGGAUCGCUGCGGGGCAACCAGCGGUCGACCCCAUGAAGUUGUAUGACGCAGCCACCAUGGAGGCCUACUACAAACAGCUGGAGGCUCCUCCGGCGCACGCUCGGGUGACCAGGUCUCAUGUCACUGAAUACAGGCAUGAUAACGUGUUUGAUCGGAUUGCCUUGAGCCAACUCACCGGGGGAGAGAGACCAGAUGAGAAUAAAGCAAAAUUAACUCACGUCCCCGGAGCGGUCUUGUUCUCGUACGUCAACAAACAAACACCCGUCGAAGUAAAUUUUGAGAUAGGAGAAGAAGUCCUAGAUUCAGAAGCUUCAACCGCUGGCACGGAGUCGAUACACAUUGACAGUGACAGUGAUAGUGAUGUGCCUGACACUCCAGACUACAAGGAUAUGAAACUGAGACGACCGACAUCAGCUGGAGUUAGACGAGAAGAAAACAAAAACACCAAUAAUAAUGUUCCACACACUAACGAACAUGACCCUGCAAACAAAUCCGUUCUGACCAACGAUAUGAUGACAAACGACAGUAAAGAGCGGUGUGAAGCCAAAAGAUGCAUCAUAGACAAGAUCAACUCCUACGAAGAUAAAAGAUUCCCGUCACAAGGCGUGACGGCGGACGUGGCAGAGAACGCUCGCAUCGAAGACUCGGUGGCCACGGAGUUGUUGAACAGAACUCUCGAGAUGGAAGAGCAGGAACUGUACCGACACAUCGACGCCGUCAACAACCACGCGGGCAGAGUCGACAACAGAACCAACUCCAUCAUCGAGGAGAUCUCGGACCAGUUACACCAGGAGUACACGUUGGCGGAAGUGUCCGAAAUAUUGGAGACACAUGUCGAGGAAGUGGAACAGAGAAGGAGGGAGAGUGCCAUAUACGAAGACGAGGAGGCGCCCCCACAGGAGCUCGACACGACGCUAGUGGGGGAUGUGUCCAACGAUACACUGGUUGCAACGGGAGUAGGAAGCGAUUCCAUGGUUGAUGGGGAUGAAGAGCUCGGCCACGCCGGGGCCAGCAACGUGUCGGCCGAGGACGACGUGUUCGAAGACUGCAUCGAGGAGCUACCCGACCACUACACGCUGGAGAUGAAGCUGGCGCUCACUGAUUGACUCCUAGGAUAUUUUGUUCAUUUCCAAGAUGAUUGAGUUUGUUUGUUUGUUAUUUUUUUGUUUUUGUUUUCACGUUGUGUGCUAAAGUAAAGGAAUUAGUUCAAAUAAAAGUCACUUUAUUCUCUA